AUGAAAAUCACCAAGAAAAAGUCAAUGAGAGAAAGUGAGUCAACAGAGAAAGUGAGUCAACAAGAGAAAAUGAAUCAACAAGAGAAAGUGAGUCAACAAGAGAAAGUGAGUCAACAAGAGAAAGUGAGUCAACAAGAGAAAGUGAGUCAACAAGAGAAAAUGAGUCAACAAGAGAAAAUGAGUCAACAAGAGAAAGUAAGUCAACAAGAGAAAGUAAGUCAACAAGAGAAAAUGAGUCAACAAGAGAAAGUGAGUCAACAAGAGAAAGUGAGUCAACAAGAGAAAGUGAGUCAACAAGAGAAAGUAAGUCAACAAGAGAAAAUGAGUCAACAAGAGAAAGUGAGUCAACAAGAGAAAGUGAGUCAACAAGAGAAAGUGAGUCAACAAGAGAAAAUGAGUCAACAAGAGAAAAUGAGUCAACAAGAGAAAAUGAGUCAACAAGAGAAAGUGAGUCAACAAGAGAAAGUGAGUCAACAAGAGAAAGUGAGUCAACAAGAGAAAGUGAGUCAACAAGAGAAAGUGAGUCAACAAGAGAAAAAAAAGAGUCAACGAGAGAAAGUGAGUCAACAAGAGAAAGUGAGUCAACAAGAGAAAGAUAGUCAACGAGAGAAAGUGAGUCAACAAGAGAAAGUGAGUCAACAAGAGAAAAGAAAGGUAGUCAACGAGAGAAAAGUGAGUCAACAAGAGAAAGUGAGUCAACAAGAGAAAGGUAGUCAACGAGAGAAAGUGAGUCAACAGAGAGAAGAGAAAGUGAUUCAACAAGAGAAAGUGAGUCAACAAGAGAAGGAGUCAACGAGAGAAAGUGAGUCAACAAGAGAAAUCAACGAGAAAGUGAGUCAACAAGAGAAAGUGAGUCAACAAGAGAAAGUGAGUCAACCAAGAGAAAGUGAAUCAACAAGAAAAAGUAAGAGUCAACGAGAGAAAGUGAGUCAACAAGAGAAAGUGAGUCAACAAGAGAAAGUGAGUCAACAAGAUAAAGUUAAUCAACAAGAAAAAGAGUCAACGAGAGAAAGUGAGUCAACAAGAGAAAAGAAAGUGAGUCAACAAGAGAAAGUGAGUCAACAAGAUAAAGUUAAUCAACAAGAAAAAGAGUCAACGAGAGAAAGUGAGUCAACAGAGAAAGUGAGUCAACAAGAGAAAGGUAGUCAACGAGAGAAAGUGAGUCAACAAGAGAAAGUGAGUCAACAAGAGAAAGGUAGUCAACGAGAGAAAGUGAGUCAACAAGAGAAAGGUAGUCAACGAGAGAAAGUGAGUCAACAAGAGAAAGUGAGUCAACAAGAGAAAGGUAGUCAACGAGAGAAAGUGAGUCAACAAGAGAAAGGUAGUCAACGAGAGAAAGUGAGUCAACAAGAGAAAGUGAGUCAACAGAGAAAGGUAGUCAACGAGAGAAAAGACAUCCUGUUCGCUGAUGACGGCGCCCUCAACGUCAGCACAGAGCAAAUGAUGCAGCACAAGAUGGACUGCUGCUCACCGGUCUGCGACAACUUCGGUCUCAUCAUUAGCACCAAAAAGACUGAAAUCAAGCAGCAACCCGCACCCGGAACACCCUACCAGACACCCCACGUCACUGUCAAGGGGACAGAACCUGCACGCAGACAACAACUUCACCUAUCUUGGCACCACAGUCUCAAGAGCCGUGAACGUAGACGCAGAAGUCGACAACAGGAUCACCUGGGCCAGCGUUGCCUUUGGAGGACUCCAUGA